AUGAACGCCGUGACCUCCACUAUAAUGACUGCCUCCAAGAAUCCGGGUAUCGCCCCGAGCGAGAAGGAUGACUCAAACGCUGCAGUACCGACUGUUUCCGUUCAGAAUGCUCAUAUGGUCAACCUAGAGCAGUACAGGGCGACUGUCCCGCUGUGGGAACGAGUAUGGAAGCACAGCUUGACUCAAAUGAUGCUUCUCAGUGUUCAGGCCUUUUGUGGGCCUGCUAUGGCCGAUGCAAUUGCUGGACUUGGUGGUGGAGGUCUUGCAACUCCGCAGGUAUCGAACAUCUCGAACGCAGUUCUGUAUGCCACGCUUUUCGUUGGAUGCUUCAUUGGCGGUCCAAUUGUGAACAAAUUGGGUGUUAAAUGGUCUUUGGUUCUUGGUGCAGCUUCCUUCCCCAUUCAAGGAUCAGCGUACUAUUGCAACAGCAAAUUUGGAAAUCAAUGGUACCUCAUCUUCAGUGGUGCUAUUAGCGGCGCAGGUACCGCUUGUUGGUAUGUAGCCGAGGCUGGAGCAAUCAUGACCCUUGCACCUUCUGGCGCCCGUGGUAAAUAUCUAGCCCUCUGGAUCGUGUCGCGAAAUCUUGGACAGUUGGUUGGGGGUGCGAUCAAUCUAUCAAAGAACCAUACUGUAGGAGAAUCUGGCGGAGUUACUCCUGAGACAUACUUGGCUUUCGUGAUUAUCGAGUCUCUUGCGCUUCCAUUUGCGUUACUCAUUGUGCCAUUUGAACGUGUCGUCCGAUCCGAUGGCACGAGAAUUGUUACAGCCGAGACUCUUUCAACGAAGCAGGAAUUUAGGCGCAUUGCAACGACUAUGACUAAGAAACUUAUUGUGCUUUCAGCACUCUGGGCACUUUGGUCCUUUUUCUACAGUGGUUCCUGGUCUACUUACUUGGGAACCUACUUCUCCGUUCGUGCUCGCGCUCUGUCAUCGCUCAUCUCUCCAUUCUUCUGCAUCGUGGGAUGUUUUGGUCUGGGAUUCAUCCUCGACAUGAAGAGCCUCAGUCAACGUCGCCGGGCUCAGAUUGGUCUAUAUAUAGUUGUAAUUCUCAACGUCGGUGUUUAUAUCUGGUCCAUUGUCAUGCAGACAAGAUUCAAUCGCCAUGAUCCUGGUGAUAUCGACUGGUCCGAUAGUCUAUAUCCGUCGGCUUUCUUGCCUUAUUUCUUUGUCCAAACUACAGGACCGCUAUCUCAGUCCUAUAUGUAUUGGCUUAUUUCUUCGUUUGCGACAGAUGCCCAAGAAAAUGUUCGUAAUGGGGCUGCAUUCAGAUGCAUUGAAGCUGUUGGACAAGCCAUUGCUUAUGGUAUGAAUACUCAGACGACGAGUGAUCCACUCACUGGAUUCUGUGUAUCAUUUGGGCUACUUGCAGCUGCUUUGCUCCCGAUGAUUAUUCUUGUGAACUCGACGCCAGAUCGUAUCCCUGCUGAUGUGGUUGCAGAAGAGCAAGAUGCAGCUCGUGAGAAGAUUGCGAGUGCAUAA